AUGACACUCAAAUUGCUUAUGAAUUCGACAUGGGGAUAUUCCAUUAAGAAACCUCAAGAGAUGAAGAGUAAACAUUAUGAGAAGGUCGACAACUUUGUUGAAAGGUUUUCUCCUUUUGUUUUGAAGUACGAAUUCACUCAAGGUCAAAGUGGCUUAGUAACCACAUUAAAACCUAUUGUCGAACAUUGGUCUUACCCUCAGUUCGCAAAGGCAGUCCUUGACAACUACAACAAAUUCUUCUCCGAAGUCAAAUCGAAAGUUGUGGUUUACUAUGAGAACAUUGACGCACUCAUGACGAACGAAGAAGGAUACAACAAACUCAUUGAAAUGGGAAUGGUCGGUGAAAAGAUGGGCUGUUUUAAGCUAGAUAAGGUAUUUUCCGAAGUUCAUGUCCUCUCCAAGCGUAAGUAUUGGGGCAUACUUGAAGACGGCACAGAAAUAAAACAUUGCAUGAAGUAA